GAAAAGAUUCUGCCUAAAGCAAUGCUUAUCUAUGAAUGGUCUUUGUCUCCCGGCUUAUGGUUAUCCACAAAUCAGUCAAGGUUUCCAACUCGCUUAUGUGUUCUCUCAAUUAUAAUUGUAGCCAUUCGGAUGUUGUAUAACAUUAAUGGUUUUGGAUUUUGGGAGAGGAGUUUGUCCACUAAUGCGGCUCCAAGUGGUUCUAGAGGCAAAAAAAAAUGUUCAAUGGAUUUAAAUCUUGAGCGGGAACAACUUGAAGAGGAAGCUGCCAAGCUGCUUUCCCACCUUCAUUCCUUAUACACUGGGGUUCCAAAACAAUAUGAGUAUGCAAAGGACUUGCAAACAUAUCUCAAAUAUUGUGAGGAUUCUGUCUUUGCUGGAUUGGAACUACCUUUUGAAGAUUACGAAGAGAACAUGAUGAUUAAAGAUGGAGAGGAUUCAUGGGUGUCAAAGGUUUCAGAACCCAAAACUGAUGAACAAAAAUUUGCAGGCAUCGAAGAAAAUGAAGCUCUCAAAACAUUGAAAUUGGACAUGCAAGAGAAGGGAUUUAAUUACAUACCUCCAAGGAUGAAACCAAGAAAAUUCAAUUAUAUUUACUAUGGGAGAAAAAAGGAUGAUGGUAUUUUGUCUUAUGUUGCUCAUGCUGAUUAUUACAUUUUACUUCGUGCUUGUGCUCAGCUUGCACAAGUUGAUAUUCGGAUCAUGCAUAUGGCGGUAAUGAAGUUUGAGAAAAGGCUGGAUUGGAUCGAAAAAAAGAUUGAAAACAUCUUGUCUUUUGAAUCCACAAAGUGUGAGCAUUGUUGCCACUGAUUUGGGUGUUGUGAAUUGAU